GCAGUAAGCAAGUGAAAAAUAAAAGAGCGCUGCUUGUCCCUGGAGGACCACAUUACACAGCUCCAGUGACUACUAUCAGGAAGAAAUUGGGGACCUGAUUUGGAGCCCCACCAGCACCGGAUUGCCUCCUUUUAAGAAAUCUCUCUUCUUCCUGAUUCAUAGGGUCGCCGUAAGUCGUAAUCGACUUGAAGUCACAUAACAACAACAAACUUCUUCCUAGGAAGCGGCCCCCGCUUGUCUCUUCCUUUUCUGAUUUUGUUUCCUUGAGUAGACAAGAUGUGCAAAAGGCCAUCGCUGGUGGUGUUUGACCUGGAUUACACCCUGUGGCCCUUUUGGGUCAACACCCAUGUGGAUCCCCCCUUCCAGAAAAGCAGCAAUGGCGCAAUACGAGACCGGAAUGGGCAACCUGUGAAUCUGUACCCCGAGGUGCCGUCUGUGCUGGAGACACUGCAUGCCGAGGGGAUCCCGAUGGCGGCUGCUUCACAGACAGAUGAAGUAUACGGGGCUAAUCAGCUACUGGAGCUCUUUGGCUUGAACUGCUACAUCCGCUAUAAGGAGAUCUACCCAGGCAGCAAAGUCACCCACUUCCAGAGGUUGUCUCAACAGAGCGGGAUUCCCCUUUCCCAGAUGCUUUUCUUUGACGAUGAAAGCCGCAACAUUUGCGAUGUCAGCAAAUUAGGAGUCACGUGUAUCCUCGUCCCCAAUGGCAUGAAUCUGUCCCUCCUAAACCAGGGCCUAGAAGCCUUCGCUCGCUCCUGAGUGUUGCCCGCGGCUGAUGGAUGCCAUACUUCUCCUUCUCUCUCAUCACGUGCGGAGCGUGCUGGAGAGUUUUGACCCUGUGCAAUAAAUCCUACACGUUUCCCUGCCGUGUACCUCUGUUACCUGUGGAUGGCCGGCCUGACCUUGCCUUCUAGGCAUCCCGCCACAUUUCAUUGCACUUCUGUUCCUAACAUCUCAUCCACUGAGCCUCAAGAUGUAAAGCAAAUUCAAGACAACAGCCAGCAUGAACAGAGUCAAAUUUCAGAACUCUUCUUUGGAGAAGGGCCCUAGCUCAGUGGAAGAGUAUCUGUUGUGCACGCAGAAGGUCCCGGGUUCAAACCCUGGCAUCUCCAGGUAGGGAUGGAGAGACCUCACCUCUCUCUUAAACUCUAGAUAGCUGCUGCCAGUCGCUGUAGAUAAUAUUGAGCUAGAUGGGCCAAUAUUCUGCUUUAAUAUAAG